AUGUCGGCAAAAUCUUUUAUCAUCUUUGGCCUUUUAUUGGUGUCCAGUGACCUAGCUUGUGGUCAAGUGCGAUGUUCCCCUACCCCUUGUAUUCCAGGCAAGACAUUCGUGGUAAGUGCUGCACACUAGCUUGCAUGUAAAACUGAUAGACACUGAAUAUCUGCACUGGCGAGGAAAACAGUUAGUUUAGUUUUCGAUCCUAUUUUCCAAGAGAACAUGCAUUAAAUUAAGUGUUUUGUCAUACAGGGUAUCCAGAAAAAAAGUAGUAUACCUUUUGAAAUCAAGCCUAAUUUGUUGGAAUUUGAAUGCCUUAUAACUUUAUAUUAUAGGACGAUGCGCAGGCGAGCAUUUUUCUAUAUGGAACCUUGCGCAAUGUAAAUUUGAGUAAUAAUAAUAAUAAUGGAAACUUUAUUUAUUUAUUAUUAGGAUAUAUACAACUACAAUGAUAAACCUCGCUUUACAGGUAGUUUAUCAAUGUCUACUUGAAUUGAUACUAUAUAUUUAUUGUACAAUAAUUAUUUUAAGAAGGAUUAUAUUAACAUUAAUUUUGGGUUAUCCCACACCUUGUUUCGUUUACAAAAUACAAAAUAUGAUGUUCGUAUGCAUAUGUUCACGAUUUGCUUUUUUAUGUAUUUACUAUACUUGGCAUCACAUUUAAGGCUACUUAGCAUGCCAUCGAAAUUUUUACAAGAUCGGCCAAAAACUCCGAGGGUACUCAAGGAUAAAUUGACGAACUUGACUUUAUCAUAAUCUGCUUCAAUAAUAAUAAUAAUAAUAAUAAUGGAAACUUUAUUACUUUCAAUAAUAUAUAUAUAUAUAUAUACACAACAAUGAUAAACCUCUCUUUACAUGUAGUUUACCAGUGUCUACUUGAAUUAACACGGCUACAUAUUCAAUAACAAUAUUAGUAUGACAUUAGUUGUGGGUUAUCCCAUUCUUUGUUACACUUACAGAAUAUAUAAUACGAUAAUAAUAAUAAUACUUGUCUAUGCCGAACCCACGCGGGUGCGUAAACACAAUCAGCCGUUCGUUUUUCAAUACCACCCUGUAUUUUACGCUUCCGUGGGUUGAGCAUAAUGCUCAGGGCAUUCAAAUUAUUACAAUAGGAAAAUUUCAAACGAUAUAUAAUUAUACUUUUCCUCGGGACACCUUGUAUAUACUGUAUAGCGACGAAAAAACGAACAAGAACAACAUUCAUACAACAAUUGUAUUUUAUGACAAAAACUCAAUAGUGUAAACGAGUUAAAGAACCUAUUAAACUAAGUUAAACGGUUUUAGCAACAUAUCCUGUUGCCUUUUGUGUAUUUUUCUUCUCUUUUACAUUCUUUAUUUUAGUAUUCGUACUUUUCAAAUUACGAGUUGUGCGGCCAUUUUGUUUAUUUAUGUACCGAUGCACGUAACCGGCCGGCAGGAUAUACAUUGCAUUUAUCUAAAGCCACGUGACCACAAAUCGGCCAAUUACGUUUGGUUUAGCUAUAUAACAAUAUGUACUUUAUAUGUACAUUAGUACAGUCACAAUAAUAAAUCAAACCUUAAUUUAUUUUUUAAACUAUAAUCCUAAGGGUUUGAUGCCCUGUAGUGAAUAGCAAAUGAGUAUAUUUGUUAUCUAUAGUAAUUAGUAAAAAAGUUUUAUUUUUUCUGGGCCGGUUGUUGAAAGCUGGAUUAGCGCUAACCCUCGAUUAAAAUUUAACCAGCUAUAGCUGUUUUAGUUCAUGUAUUUCUGCACAUCUUUUUGUUUUAAAACUUCAAGAAGAGAACUCCUACUGAUCCAGACAAUAUUUCUCAAGAAAUAUUUCCAAAUUUGUAAGCAAGCUGUUGAGAUCUAGAAGUUUGCAUUGAAUUUGGGUCGGCUUUCGAGCAACCUCCCCUGGUCUUAAUUUAAUUGCCAUCCGGAAUGAAGUACGGACCAGUGUGUAUAUAAAAAUACUAAUAAAUGCCUAUUACUUCCUGAAACAGGGACAGAGAAGCUUUUUAGUUCAUGAAAUCAAAUUUCAAAUGGUGCAUUUCUUCGGUGGUUUGUACAAAAGCUUAUAAAUUUUUGAAUCUCGGAAUAACGUCCGUCAGCAAUAAUUGUUUCAGUUAACUACAUAUUAAAAGCCCCUUAAAAAUGUCAUAAUUGCAAUGGACCAUUUGCAUUAUAGACUAAAUUUUGAUCUAGACAAAAAUUUCAUCACAGCUUGAAAGAGCAUCACAAAAUUAGUAAUAUUCCAAAGUUUCGUUACGAAAUGUUGUAAAAUGCGGAUAAUAUAGCCUUGCGAAGUUUGCCGUUUUUCAGUCAUUUUGUAUUACGCACGGGAAAUUGACAGCCCAAUCGGGUGUUGGGGCAUCAAUUUCCCGUUUGUAAUACAAAUGACUGAAAAUUGCAAAUUUCGCAAGGCUAUAUUAUCCGCAUUUUACAACAUUUCACAACGAAACUUUGGAAUAUUACUAAUUUUGUGAUGCUCUUUCAAGCUGUGAUGAAAUUUUUGUCUAGAUCAAAAUUUAGUCUAUAAUGCAAAUGGUCCAAUGCCCUCUGUCAAUCUUUAAACAGUUGUUUCAAUGAAGUUGUGAUCCAUGGCUGUUCAGUCUUACAGUAAAUACCCUUUUGAAGGAACUGGAGCGACCUGUCUUGAUAAUCAUUUCUAAACCUUUACAGCAUCUAUAUAUGUAUCAUAUUUGAUAUAGAUGCUGUAGCUACAGCUUGUAUAUAAGUAGUAUGUUCGCACGGCUAGACGAUUGCUUGGGUUAGAUUUCUUAAGAUUUUACUUUGUAUGUAAUUUAGUAAAUUAGUCUCUAGAUAUUGGAUUUAUUUUUGGACAUAUGCUCCUCAUAAAAUUCUUCAAGUUAGUAAAUCAAGUGUGUUUCGCCCCCACGUUGGAAAAUUAACUAUUUGAUUCAAGCGACAGCUUUUCUGUAGGCGCGGGGUGUUAAAAUCUCUUGUAAUUACAAUUUGAAAAGUGAGAUUCUAUAAAUGAUAGACAAGUUUUUCUUUAUUUUUAGGAAGUUAUGAAUUAAUAGUCUAAAAUUAGAUUUAGUAUUGUUUGACUUGAGUUUCUGAGAAUGAAUUUUCAGACACAUACAUGUAAUAACCUCUGAAACAAAAUGAAUUUGACUCCAAAAUGCCUCCAAAAUUUAAAGUUGACUCCAAAAUUUAAAUUGUUUGUUUAGGUGAUGCGAGAUUGGUGGAAGAUAUCAAGUUAUUUGACGUAGUAGACCUUUCGGGUGUCAAUGAAACGACAGGUUAUCAUUCGAAUUCCAAGGCAUAUGAAUUCACGGCGACAGUGGGUCCUUUGAUUGCGUUCGCAAAUGUUUCUACUCAAUUUGCCAAAGACGCAUUUUUGAUCAACAAAUUCACAGUAAAGGCGUAUCUUCUGCCAGCAGCUGGUUCGAAAGGUGGAACUAUUGUAUUCUUUUCUCGUGGGACGAAAAAGGGUGCUGCUUUCAACGUCGCAUACGAGUAA